UUCUCCAUAUGGAAUAGGUCUGCAAACUAAAGUCCCACAUUUUAUGUUUCUAUUCACUUCCAUUUCUUUGUACAAACCCAACUUUGAGUUUCAAUAUCAUGUAUGAAUUGCUCUCUCAAUUCAAAGCCCAAGUUCCUCAUCAUUCUCUAGUUUUUGAUGACACUGUAACAGCAACUAUUGUCCAACCAGAGUUCCUCAGUGAAGCAGUAUUUUCAGGAGGUAGUUUCUGGUAUCUUGAAGCUGCCUUUGGUCGUGUAGAUGGAGUCAUCAAAACAGCUACAGGUUACUGUAGAGGAACCUGGGAAAAACCCACAUACAGAGAGGUUCGUGAAGGUAGAACUGGCCAUACCGAAGCUGCAAAAGUCAUAUUUGAUAACAGAAGACUCUCAUACAGAUUCUUUUGUGAUAUCUUCUGGGACACCCAUGAUCCUACUAACAAGGAUUACCUUAAUUUUUGUUUAAGCACACACUACAGAUCUGCCAUCUUUUACUACAAUGAGGAAGAGAGGAAGCAGGCACAUCAGUCGAAGAUCAGACGGCAGAUGAAGCUGAACAAGAGGAUUGUUACGAAAAUUGUACUAUUGGAUUCCACAUUUUACAUGGCAGAAAACCAAAAUCAGAAAUACUAUUUGCAGAAGAGAUAUAGGGUGUGUGAAAGCCUGAGUCUCAGAAGCACAGAGCAGUUCGUAGAGUCAAACAUUGCUUGCAAACUCAACGGGAUUCUUGCCAUGGAUGGGAAAAUGAUUGUUGAUGUUGACAGCAUUUUUAGAAACUAAUGUCCUUCCAAAGCAAACCCAAUCAGCAUGUGCAGAAAUAACUGAUGAUGUGAGUAAAAAUUGACGAAGAGAAAGAAGUUAAUUUACUCGUCCAAAGAUCAAGUCAGGAGAAGAGGGCUGAUUUUUCGGUUGCCGAAACAAAAACUCGAGAUUGUGUUUGUGCUGGUGUUUGGGUUUCGGCUGACAGUUUGAGCAUUAUGGGCAUUGGGAUGGACGACAGAUCGAAUGUCUUAACAGUUAUGGGCUUCAUUACAAGGGUUUUAUAUAUAUAUAUAUAUAUAAUUUAUUUAUGUAAC